AUGAACGGCAAGGUACUUCUUAUUGGCUGCGUUGCUCUGCUCUCCAUGUGCUCAGCACAGGACAGUGAGACGACGACAGCACCACCAUCAUCAUCCUCACCUGCGCCGUCAACGACAUCGGUACCGACUUCGCCAUCCGGCGUACCAACUCUGCCAUCAACACCUUCGAUACCGACACUGCCACCUAUGGAGGGUCUGCCACCGAUGCCAGCAAUGCAGCCAUCACAGGGCCUGCAGCCUCCUCAAGGCAUGCAACCACCAAAGGAUCUGCCAAAGGGUCUGCCAAAGGAUCUGCCAAAGGGUCUGCCACAGGGCUGGCCAUCUGUCCCUACCACGCCAGCUAACAAGAAACUCCCUCCCCUCCCAAAGAAGCUGCCGUUCCAGAGCUUCUCUUUCUUCUAA